AUGAACCAUUUCGUGCUUACAGUGGAGUCGUCUUAUGGGCAAAUGGACAACAACAACAACAACAACUCUUGGACGAAUCUCAGCGGGUGCGUGCUUGAGUCCUCCAACGCCGACGACCCCGCUGACCCCGUCAGCGUCCAGGCUGAGCAGGUGCUGACGAUGUUGAAGGGGGCUGUCUUCGUUCCGUUCCUUUUUCUCGUCGGUGUCGUCAGCAUUCCAAUCAGCCUGAUGGCCUUUCGCCAGCAGGGUCUACACAACCGCAUCAACUUGUGUCUCUUCAGCCUGGAACUCGUCAACCUCGUCAACGUCACCUUCCUCCUCGUCCUGAACCUUGACAGUCUGUACACGCCCAUAGAGGUCGUCUCUUACGGCCCAGUGUUCCAGUUUCUGCAGAAUUAUCGUCUGCUGGGUUUGUUAGGCUUUAUGUACGGAGCAGUGUACCUCUCCCUGCUGGUAUCCUGCGAGCGCUGCAUCAGCAUCCUAUUCCCGCUGCGGGCCAAGGUGCUAUUCAGCACCAGUACAACCUUCCUUCUCAUCCUCCUCGGCACGGCCUCCACCAGCUUCCCCUUCUUCCUCAUCGCCGCGUCUUAUGACGUCAUCUGCGCCUUUGACCCUCAGACUCUCCGAAGCUCGGUCGCUGUGCGAGCCAACGAGUUUUAUGUCAGGCACGAAACCCUCGUCAACAGUCUGGAGGGCGUCUACUACGGCAUCGUGUUGUCGCUCGGCGCUCCUGUCCUUGUCUUCAUCUGCACGGCCGUCACGGGGGUCAAGCUGCGGCAAACGAUGAACUUUCGCCUCCACACCUCCUCCUCCCACGCUGGCAUCGGCAAGGAAACCGCCGUCACGAAGAUGCUCAUCGUUCUGUCUGUCGAAUUCCUGAUUCUCUCCCUUCCCAGCGUCGUCCUGCGGAUGGUCCCCCUUUUCGAAACCGAGCUCAGCGUCGGUGGAAGGCUGAGUCGCUCGUUUCACGUCCUCUUCAACGUCGCCGAGGCGGCCAGCGUCCUCAACAGCAGCAUCAACUUCUUCGUUUAUUAUUUUGUGGGGUCGAAGUUUAGAGAAUCCGUUCGUGCCAGGUGUCGCUGCCUGCGAAGUAAUGUGCUUGCUCGUACGCUCCGGAGACUUUCCACAAGACGGCGGAGUUUGACAGAGGACAACCCUUCAGUUUCAACUGUUGUUCAGUGA